AUGGACUGUUUAACUGGGACUGAUAUAGAAGGGUCACUAGUGAAAAGUAACUUUACUGGAAAUAAAGAGAUUCUUUCUAUAAUUGAGGAUACUAUAGAUAAUAUAGGGAAUACAAAAUAUAUAGUAUCAAGUGAAUUAAAGAUUAAUUCAGAUACUUGUAAUUCGGAAUUUGGACAAAAUUCACUUGGUAGUCAAGAUGUUAUAUUAAUGGAUAAACAAGUACUAAAGAGCAAUAAUGACUGCUCACUAAUUGAACAACAGGACAUAGAUAGAGGCACUCAUUCUGAUAAUGUGGAUAUAUAUCAUGUAAGAGAUUUUAGAUGUGAAACUCGAGAUUGUGAGAGAUUAUCUGAUUUGAUGUAUAAAGGUAUAGUGGAAAAUCAGCAAAUAUCUUCUAGUGGAAGAGAUUUUGAUUAUUCAAAUGGGUAUAGCUAUAUUCAUACAAGAUUAUUGAAGCUAAAUAGUAUGAUUAAAAGAUAUAGUUUAUUGCCGAAUAGUGAUUCUAAUUUCGUCAAUAGUUUAGAAAUAGAAGUAGAAAUUUUAUGUGAAGUAUUAGCAGAACUGCGGAUUAUUGGAUCUUUUAAUGAUGCUUAUAGACGUUUUAGAUUAGCAAAUGACUUAUUUAUAGAUGAUGGUAGCCAUAAUUCUGGUAAAGUAGGUAACUAUCCUAGAGAAGAUAUAUUGGGAAAUAUUGAUAAGACGAGAUGUGAUAUUAAUCAGAUAAAUAACAAUAAAGGUGAGGAUAUUGGUUUGGACAACUCUAAUAAACCUAUAGAUAUAGAUGAUAUUUUGAAAUUAAGAUGGUUAAGUUUUCAAAGUUCUGCUUCUAGUAGGAAAGAAAUAAAGUUGUUGGAUAGAUUCAUCAAAGAUUAUAUGAAAAAGAGGAGAGAAAGUAAGGAGAUUUCUGUAUCUCGUGAUAUAAUGUCUGAUUGGCUCUAUAAAUAUGAUAAUAAGAAGGAAAAUUUAGUAAAUUGUUUACAAGACAUGGAUUCUAGUUCAGAUAUUAUUACAUCCUUAAUUAUAGAUAGCUUGACACUACCUUCAUCACCUUCAAUUUUGUCAUUAUUCUCUCCAAGCUAUAUAAUAAAUAAUAUAUAUCCAUUUAUGAUGAAUGUGAAUAUGAAUGAUGUGAAAUAUGGGAAUAAUUCUUACUCUUCCACUAUUGGUGAUACAAAUAGUCAUACAUCGACACCUCAAAAUUCUCAAGGAACUGCGACUAUAUCAGAAGUUCGAUCUGGAGAUAUGAAUGUAAAUAAUACUAAAGCAAUUCAAUCAGAAUCAGUUAUGAACUGGAUUAAAGAUCAUAAGAAGUCCUCUAUGUUUGUAGAUAAUGUACUUCUCACUCAUAGUAAUUUGAGCUUAGAUUCGGAAAAAUUGGUCAAUCAAGAAGAUGAAUAUCAUUUUAUUUUAUCAUCUAGACUUGGUGGGAGUAAUAGUUUAAAUAUUUAUAAGGAUCACACUCUUCAGGAUCUACAAAAAAUUGGAUUGAUAAGUGAUGAAACAAUUUCAGUUGCAAACUACAAAUUAUUGUGGGAUGAGUUUAAGAACAAGUGUAGUAUAUUAUACAAUAAAUUUUUAAAUAGAAGGACAAAAAACUAUCAACGACAGCGCUUUUACAAGUCUAUACCAACAAUAGGCUUAUCAAAACCAAAAAGACAGUGGAUUGAAAAGGAAGAAGUGAAGUCUAGACAAUACCAAAGUAUAUAUAAUGAUAAAAGUUUGCCAGAAUUGCCAUCACAAAUUAUUAGGCGCGUUGUGAUUUAUAGAAGUGACUGGAAACGUCCACCGAUGUACCUACUUAUUACACGUAAAGGUAAACAAUGCAAUGGUCUUAAUCCUAUAGCACGUGAAGAACAUAUAGACUAUGAUGUAGAUACGGAUGAAGAGUGGGAGGAGCAGUACGGAGGUGAGGAUGUAGAUGAUGUUGAAGAUGGAUUAGAUAAUAAUGAUGAUGAAGAUGAUAAUGAAGCAGUAGCUUCUGGCUGGUUAGUUCCAGAUGGUUGCUUUCAAUCUGAUGAAUUAUUGGAAGAUGAUAUUUUAUUGGGAGCUGGUAGUGGAAAUACUGUGAAUAGGAAGUCAGUAAAUAUUUUACAAUCAAUUAAUUUUGAUAUUCCACUUGUUGCAUCAUUUUUGCAGCAUAGAAGCUUAGAUUUUGGUGCUGGUAUAUCAAUAGCAGAUGAAAAUAUUGCAGUUUCUCUCUUAAAUGACUAUAAGAUGUUAUUUCCUCAAGGUAUAGAAUGGAUUUAUAUGAAAGUGGAUGAUGCUCAACCUGACAAAGUAGUUUCUUUGGGUAGUAGUAAGAUAACUCCAGCAUGCAAUUCUGUGGAUGAAGAUACUGAGAAUAAUACUGACAUGAAGAUAAGAAACUUAAUUAACAAAGGAAGUAUUUUGAAGGAUGAUCUACAAAAGGAAUUAUCAUACAUGAUACAUGGUAGCUGCCUUUCCACAAAAAAUAUAGUGGAAGAGUUUAUGAGGCUACAUAGUAAUAUAAAGAAAGUUGCAAUUAUUAGGUUUUUGAAGGAAAAUACGACUAGGAUGAAAAUACAGGGUGAUAAUAAGACUCGUUGGUAUAUUUUAGAUAAGGUUGAGAAUUUAGAUAAAAUAAAACUUGAGAUAUCAUUAAAUAAGCACAAAUUAUUGGAUCAAAAUACUAUAGUAACAUCACCUGUACAAAAGAGAGAAUUACUUUCUACUCCUACAAAGAGGAGUGACAUUGAACUUUGUGAAGAUCAGAUCCAAAGUAGUGAGUUUAUUGCUAAUAUUGUAGAAAAUGACGAAAAUUGCGAUUUACAAAAUAGAAAUGAGCUCAUAGCUGGACAUUCUAUAGUAUCUAAUAUAUCAGUUGAAGAUAAUAGCCUAAUUUCACUUAAUGAACGUUUUGGUAAAAGAAGAAAGUGUUCUAUGCCUAAAUGUACACCAUUGUAUAGAAAUAACGAUUCAUUAACAGUUAAGAUAGGUUCAAGUCCAGAAAUUAAGAAAAGUGCUGUGGUCAGUAACAACUCACUAAUAACAAAUUUCUUUCAGUCAAAGCAGAAAAAUUAA